CUAUCAUCUAUUACGUCAUCCUCGAUUACGUUCAUUCUACAGCUAUGAAUCAUAUAUUUUACACCAUAGAAUCAUGAUCAAAGAGUAGUACAAUAAUGAUCGUGAUGAUUGUCAGGUUUAAAUGUUGGUUUGAGUAGACCGUUGGAUGUCUCUUCUAUUUUUACUGAGGUAGAUCUAUUAAUACUGUUAACAUUACGAUAUGGACGAUAGUUUGGAAACAGAUGACGGGUUUACCGGAACAUUACGGUUAAUUGCUCCGAGAUUUUGUCCGUAUGCAGAGACAUGUGUGCUUGUUUUAAAUGCCAAGAAUGUUGAAUACGAGUUAGUAUUUUUCUAUCCUGAGAGUAAGCCCGAAUGGAUAUCUAUCAUUAAUCCAAAUGGAACUCUACCUGCACUGGAAUAUGAGAAGAGAAAAGUAAUUUUUGACAGCAAUAUAAUUAAUGUAUAUCUUGAUGAAAAACAUCCAAAACCUCCACUGCAAUCAUCAGAUCCAUUAAGAAGAGCUCAAGAUAAGCUCAUUGUGAAAUUGUUUGCAGAAGCUGUAUCAGCAUUCCACACUGCAGCAUUCAAUGCUGAAGCUCUUACCCCAACGUCUGCAGAGAAUUAUCACAAGGGACUGGAAUUCUUGCAAAAAGAAAUUGAAACUCGCAAUACAACAUUCUUGUUUGGAGACAAGCCUGGACUUGUGGAUUACAGUCUUUGGCCAUUCUUGCAGCGUUUCCAGGUUUUGCCACAGUUAGGAAGAUCUGAAUUUGCUAUUGACAAAUAUUUAACCCUGUUGAAGUAUAUGAAAAAAAUGGAGGUACAAGGGCCUUGCCUGCAGAAAGCAUAUUUCCUAGGUCCAGAUAUUUUAAGUACUAUCACUGGGCCACAGAUAGAGGAUCUCCCAGAUUCCAACAUGUAUGAUAGCAGCAGUGAGUUAUACAUGUGCCCUAACUAGAAGAAAUAAGACGAAAUUGAAACUA